AUGAGUCAAGACAAUCCCAACACCAGAUCAGAGCCUAAUGAAUGUAGAGGUGGUGCAGCCGCAACCAACAGCACGGACCCGAAAGCAGCAGAAGCUGCACUGACAGCGGCUCUUCACGAUGCUGUCAGGAGCGGCGACAUUGCUGCCGUGAAGGAUCUGAUCAUACGCAAGGGUGCCAAAGAAGACUCCGUUGACAGCCAAGGUCGGACGCCGAUGAUAAUUGCUGCUCUCAACAGGGAUGUAGGCAUGGUCAAGAUGCUUGGCCACGACCACGACGCGUUCGCCUACCUUGCGGACAAUUCAGGCGCCACCCCGUUGAUGAUAGCGGCCAAGAAUAACGACUUGGAGAUGGCUAAGGCAUUAUGGUCUUUGGGCCCGCGAAAAGGGCUACAAGAUAACAACGGAUGGACCGCCUUGCACUUCGCGGCAGAGCAAGGAUCUGCAGAGAUGCUUGGAACACUGUCCCUGUCUCCUACCAAAUAUUCAAUCCGCAACUGCGAUGGCUCAACGCCUCUGGAUAUAGCAGCGAGUAGUGGGCAUGUUGAAGCUGUCGUGAUGAUUCUUCAGAUAUGCGAGAAGAAGCUGAAGAAGAAAGAGUUCAGUCUCCAAAAUACAAACUUGGCCGGACGCACGCCCCUCCAUUCCGCAGUUGUUGCCGGUUCUGUAGAAGCCGUGGAAUUUCUCUAUGAGGAGGAGCCACUUGCCCUGAACAUUCCCGACAAGAAUGGAGAUACGCCUUUGAAUUCAGCAGCGUCCAGGGGAGAUUUGGAAUUGACCGAGCUUCUUCUUUCAUAUGGGGCAGACAAAGAUUUCCCUGAUAACAAAGGAGAGACUCCGUUGACAAAAGCGUCACGUGGAGGGUUUAAUGAUGUUGCAAGUCUAAUAGGUCAGCAUAAGCAGACCAAAGCAAAUGAUCCUCAGCACUCAUCAUCCUCGAAGCCGGGCAAUAUUCUUAGCAGAAUGUUCAAAAGAAGUUAG